GGUAUCCAAAUCCCAAUACAAAGAAGAUUAGUUGUCACACCUAGAUUUUCUCCCUCAAAGAUUUUCCUCUCUCUUUCUUUCUUUCUCUCUUCUUUCUCCAACGUUUCAAUUAUUCUUAAUUAAUUUCAACAAAUGGGAAACGCUCUCAGAUUCCUCUAUGCUAAUUGUUGCAAACCAACAACAUCUGAUGAUCCAUACGGUGUUUCUUCAUCCACUGUUGGUGUUUCAGCUCUUGCCCAUGAUCUCUUUCACUUUGAAAACACCUCUCAGGUUCCUGAAGGACUGAACAAACAUGUUGUGUCUUCUAAGAAGGCUCAAGCUAAUUGGUAUAGAAAGUUAAUAGAUGCUUGGAAAGAUGCAAAACCUCCACCUAGGACAUCUGAAGAAGCAGCUAGACUUGUCAUUCUGACUUUGAAAGGCCAUAAAAAGGCAGAUGUUGAGGGAUUGUUGAAUUUCUAUGGUCUUCCAUUACCACACACCCUAGUUGAAGUAACUGUUCAACCACCUACAUCUUUGCCUCAUGGAGUCAAAUAUGAAAUGCACACCUUGCCGGUUGAUGCAAAAGCAGUGGCAGAUGGUGAUACUGUAACAGUGUAUGUUAGCACUGCAGACCCUAGAGAAUCAUCAGUUGUCCCUAGCAAUGUUCAUGCAGCAGCCGGGCAUAGAGCACAAGCGCGCUCUAGAAGGAACUAUGAAGAGGCAGAUGCAUUUCACAAACAGAUUAUAGAUGCGGGAUACCGGAUGAUUCCAUUUGAAAACGAGGAAAUCCUAGCUAAAAAGUAUCGGAUUCGACUAAGAGGAAUCGAUGCGCCAGAAAGCGCGAUGCCGUACGGAAAAGAAGCUAAAAUUGAACUAACCAAGAUUGUUCAAGGAAAGCCUUUGAGAGUCCUUGUUUAUGGAGAAGAUCGGUAUCAACGUUGUGUAGGUGAUAUCUAUUGUAAUAACAUUUUUGUACAGGAAAUGAUGCUAAAGAAGGGUUUAGCAUGGCACUACGCAGCCUACGACAAACGACCAGAACUAGAAACGUGGGAGAAGGAAGCCAAAGCGAAGCGAGUUGGAUUAUGGGCUUCGAAAAACCCUGAGAAGCCAUGGGACUGGAGAAAAAACAAACGUGACGCUAAUUAACAUCAUCUCAAAUCACACCAGCAGAAAUGAUCUUGAAGUAACUGUAAAAUUGAUGUACACAAACUGAAAUAAUGUUGUAGUAAUUGCUUGAUUGAAAGAUAAUGCAAAUUCUUUGUACAUCUCAUUCCUGAAUAUGUUUAAUUAUUUGCAAGAUCAGUACUUGAAAUUGAUUUUUUAGAGGGGAAGAAUGUAAAGAAUUCAUAGGUGUGUGAAUGUGUUGGUUUCUAUGCUGAGUGUCUUAUGUAUAAGUCAAUUAUUAGUUUUAUUCAUUUGCAAAACA